UUCAAGACUGCGUUGAAGCGUCAACACCCUUUUCUGCCUUCUGCUGUAAGCCUCUUUUCUCUCUCAGAUCUGAACCUUUCUUCGUAUUUGCCCUUUCCACUUUCUUCCUCUUUAGUUUUCUCUUCCCUCCCACGCAUUGCAUUACAUUCCAAAAGGGUAUCAAGAUUUUGAUCUGAUGGCUGGCCAUAGGAGCAAUUAUGGUAAGCGUCCCCGUCCGCAUUCUGACUAUGAAAAUGGAGGAAAUAAGAGGAGGAAUGCAGGUGAUGACAGAGAGCAGUUUGUGAUUGAUCCAGAAGACACUGUGUACCGCUAUUUGUGCCCUGCCAGAAAGAUUGGCAGUGUCAUUGGUAGGGGAGGUGAGAUUGUUAAGCAAUUGAGGAUAGACACUAAAUCGAAGAUUAGGAUUGGUGAGACUGUAUCGGGUUGUGAUGAGCGAGUCGUUACUAUCUACAGUGUCAGCGAUGAGACUAAUGCUUUUGAGGAUAGUGGCAAUUACGUGUCUCCUGCUAUGGAUGCUCUUUUUAAGAUUCAUGACAGAGUGAUUGCUGAGGACUUACAUGGUGAUCUGGACGAUGAUAUUGGUCACCAAGUACAUGCUAAGCUGUUAGUUCCGUCUGAUCAGAUUGGUUGUGUCAUUGGAAAAGGCGGGCAGAUAGUACAGAGCAUACGCAGUGAUACUGGUGCACAGAUUCGUAUAUUGAAGGAUGAACAUUUACCUUUGUGUGCCUUGAACUCUGAUGAACUUGUGCAGAUUUCUGGUGAUGCUGCUGUUGUGAAGAAGGCUCUUUAUCAAAUUGCAUCUCGACUUCAUGAUAACCCUUCAAGAUCUCAGCAUCUGCUUACUUCUGCUGUUCCGAGUGUAUACCCUGCUGGUGGCUCACUUAUGGGUCCAACUGCAGGGGCUCCAAUUGUGGGGAUAGCUCCUCUUAUGGGUGCAUAUGGGGGGUAUAAAGGGGAAGCAGGUGAUUGGCCACGGUCCUUGUACUCAGCUCCAAGGGAUGAAACAUCUUCAAAGGAAUUUUCUGUUCGAUUGGUGUGUCCAAUUGGUAACAUUGGCGGUGUCAUAGGAAAAGGUGGUGUUAUAAUCAAUCAAAUUAGACAAGAGUCUGGGGCAACAAUAAAAGUUGAUAGUUCAACAAGUGAAGCUGAUGAAUGCUUAAUAAUGAUUGCAACAAAAGAGUUCUUUGAAGAAACAUUUUCUCCAACAAUAGGAGCAGCUGUGCGCUUGCAACCGCGUUGCAGUGAGAAAGUUGAAAGAGAUUCGGGAAUCAUCUCUUUCACUACCAGACUGUUAGUGUCAACCUCUCGAAUCGGUUGCCUUAUUGGUAAAGGAGGAUCUAUCAUAACUGAGAUGAGAAGGCUUACAAAAGCUAACAUACGUAUUCUGUCAAAGGACAAUCUUCCGAAAAUUGCAUCUGAUGAUGAUGAAAUGGUACAGAUUUCAGGAGAUCUUGAUGUUGCUAAGGAGGCUCUUGUGCAAGUGCUUACACGGUUGAGAGCAAAUAUUUUUGAUAGGGAGGGUGCCGUCAACACAUUCCUUCCAGUCCUGCCAUAUGUUCCUGUUUCAGCUGAUGGAUCAGAUGGCUAUGACAGUAGAGAGGGUAAAAGACAUGGGCGUGGACAUUCAUAUUCAAGUGGAUACGGAGGCUCUAGUGAUUUAGCAGCUGGUGAUGCAUAUGGAAGCUAUGGAGGCUCACAGCUUGGUGGCAGCAGUCUCUAUGGGGCUUAUGGAAGUUAUUCUUUGGGACGGCCUAGCACUGGGUUGUCUAGUCAGAGCAGUCUUUCUAGGAGGAGAAAUCAUGCUUACUAAACUUGAUGCGUGUCUGCAGCUGAGACCUGUGAAGCCUGCAGCCCGCCUACUGCCUAAACCAGAAGACCAGAUGAACCAGGGUUUGACAAACUUAUGGCCCACCUUGAUGCAUCUACUUAGAGGACCAAACCUAUAUGUGGAGACUAUUGAAAUUGGCCAUGUCCAUUUUACCUUACCUUCCAAGCUUGAUAACUUAUGCUCCCAAGAACCUACAAAGUUGGCUUGCCUUUGUUUCUAUUUUGUCUUUUUCUGGUUCAUUUGUUGUCCGAACUGAGAUUACCAUGUAGCUACAGUCAUCCCACACUUGUAUACUUGUAUGAUUGAUUUUGGGUCUUGUUUUCUGACGGUUCAUUGUCACCUGCAGUAUUUAGCUUUUAUGAUACAACACUGAUUUCUUCGCAAUUGACCUUAAAUUUUAGAAUUUGGUGUAGUUUUGGUUUCAUCUUUAUUGCAGGUGCUACUGUUUGCCUAUAUCAUCUAAAGCAGGUAAAGGUGUUUCACAUUAGUUUACUGUGAAAAUUCAUUCUUAUGCAUGAUGUUGAUUACUUUUUGGGACUACACAUUUCCACUAAAAGGUAUGAAAGAUGCUCUGAGUUAUGCUGUUAAAUGAAUUUUCAAAUCAAGAAUUAACUUGGCUAAGGAUUCAAGACUUACUUCGUUAAGGAAAGCAUCGGAUGACUUAAAUGAUCUUUGACAAUCAGCCAAUAGGAUAUAUUCCUUUGAUAUUCCUAAUUAUUUAAGCACUGUAGGGUUUUCUUUUGUUUUUAACUUGAUUAGAAUCCAGCUGCCUUGUUUUUUAUUGCUCAAACCAUUUUAGAGUAUCUGCUAGCUAUUCACAAAAUAAAAUUAAAAAAAAAAGAGAAAAGAACACAUCAGUGUUUUUUAGUUCAAUCGAUUUCCGCACAGUGCAUAGAUGUUAGUCUUCUUAAUUACUGUCUGUGUGUUGUGUACCUUUUACAAGGUUGAAGGUAUUCUAGCUAGUACCCAAGCCCCAACGUUCUUUUCAUGUUUGGUGUCAUGCACUUCCCAAAGCUAAAUCAAAUAUGUUGGCAUGCCCCCUUGAUGAUCUGUGGUGAUAUUGUUCAAAAAUUGAACUCCGGUGCCUAAUUGUUUAUGCUGAUAUGUUGUUUUAACCUAAUGCAACUUGAUUUCUUCUGUGAAAUUCCAUAUGGCAGGCCUUACUGGGUGUAAGAUUAUUUUUGUGGGGAGCUAAUGAUGAAUUGUUGGUUUCCUUCUGUUUUGGGAAAAUGCUAACAUUUGGUUCCCAGAUUUAUUCUAUUGUUCUAUUGUUUUAAAUUUCCUGGUAGUUUGGUCCCUUGCAAACUCUGCGCCAAAGAAAUCUAUGUUGUAAACUGCAAAAGAAGAUUUACAUUUUUAUCGAAUCAUGUUUUAGCAAUGCUAGAUAAUGUUGCUAAGCAUUUCUGA